AUGCGUUGUAUUAAUUUGUGUCAAGAUUUAUUGUAUUUCCAACCAGUAGAAAGUGUUAACUGGUUGUUACACAUUCUGUACACUCAGUCUUCAUUUACCAGAUGUACUGAGAUCAUUACGAAUCGUGAACAAUUCUCUGUGAAUGAUGAUUAUCACCUGUAUUGUCUCAGUCUUAUCAGUCGAUUAAAUGGUUGUAUUGAAGAGUCCUUGAAUUAUUUACACAAGUGUUCGGAGCGUAUUACCAAUUCACCUGAUCUACUGAAGCAAAUUGCCAAGUCAUUAAUAUUAGCGUUGUUCGCCUAUAAAUGUACCGUUGACUAUGGUUGUUCCUUGUGUACUGAGAAUCAUGCUGCAUCAGGUUACUUCCUGCAAGGAAAUCAUACAGAAGCUUUAAAUAUUUACGAAAAUGCAUUCACUCUUAAUCAAAAUGAUUGGGAAAUACCAUUUACACAGGGUUUAUGCUAUUUUUAUCUAAAACAAUAUGAUCUGGCCGAGAAAUAUUUUAUUAAUUCCAGUAAACUUACAAGAAAUAUUAAACCUUUGAGGUGGUUGACAAAAGUUCAUUUAAAAAAAGAUUCAAUUAACCUUGCUAUCGAAACCUUGAAAAAAGCAACCGCGUUGGCUCCUGAAGAUCCUGAUCUACUCUACAAUCUCGGUUCAUUAUAUUUUCAGACGAAUCAAGAACAAUUAGCAUUUGAAUGUUUAAGUUCAGCAAUUAUUUUACAACCAAAUCAUUUUAAUGCUAAUCAACUUGCAAGUAUAAUUAUUUCACUGCAUAGUGAUUAUGAUGUUGCUCUAAACAAAUGUCGGUUAAUAUUAAAACAAGCUUCAGAAAGUUCAAUACUAUGGAAUAAUAUUGGUGUAGCAUUGUUGGGUAAGAAGAAUUUAGUAGCUUCUAUAACUUGUUUCAAACGUGCUUUUUACUUAACACCAUUUGAUUGGAGAAUAGCCGCCAAUAUAGGCAUAUUAUGUAUUCAAACAUCACAAUGGUUAAGUGGAUUUCAACAUUUUACAACAUCUAUACAAUUUUUUAAUUCAUUUGAACAAAAAUCAACAUCAUGUAUGAACAAUAAAAUUUCCUAUGAUAUUGGAAUGUUGUACUGCUUAUUGGCGUAUUGUUUAAUCAAACUUCAGGAAUAUUUAAAAGCAUAUGAGGCUUUCAUGAAUGCAUAUACGCGAAGUCAUGAAAAUCCAUUGGUCCUUUUGAACUGUACAACUUUUCUAGCAAAAACAGAUAAAAAAUUAGCCUGUCAAAUAUUUGAUGAGUAUGAAAGGCUUGUCUCAGCUACUGAUCUAUCCCUACCUUACUGGUUGGAGAAAACUAAUGUGGAUAAGAAAGUUGUUCAGUUAAAAAGUUUUCUUGGGAAAAGUGAACCACAGAUCACUGAUUCAUCGUUUGGUGAUGCAAGUAUGUUAUUGGAAUAAAUUUUGGCGAAGACAUAAGUUUAUCACAAACUUUCACUACAUUUAUCAAAAGAAAGGCUAUAAAUUUUACAAGCAAUUCACCAACCAGUAGCUGAUCAGUUAACCAUUUGUAUUCAAUAGAAUAUUU